AUGAGUAUGACCAAUAGCCUGUUAAAGUUUCGUGCAAAUAAAAUAUAACGCUGAUUUAAUCAGAUAUAAAGAUACACUUGUGAUGGGGGCCAAGAGUCAGUUCGCAGUUAAGUUUUACUAAGGUGACAUGGCCCGAAUUCUGGAUAUAUCAUUUUGUUUGUUGUUCUGUAUUGUGAUAUUGCCGGAGAAUACGACGAGUUAUAGAAGUUCAAGUAGGCCCAAUGUGCGAUCAGAUUUUCCAAAGGAUUUCAAGUUUGGAGCAGCCACUUCCGCGUACCAGACAGAAGGGGGUUGGGAUGCGGAUGGCAAGGGACCAAGUAUGUGGGAUGUCGCUCUCCACAAUAAUCCCAGCUUAGUGCUUGAUAGGUCUAAUGGCGAUGUGAGUGGUGAUUCAUACCACGUAUUCGAUAAAGAUUUGAAGAUAAUCAAGGAGUUGGGGUUGGACUUUUAUCGGUUCUCAAUAUCGUGGCCCCGUCUAUUGCCCAAUGGCGAUAUUUCAUCUUUGAACCAAGCGGGAGUCAAAUACUACAAUAUGGUGAUUGACAAACUGCUUGCAAACAAUAUAGAGCCUUUGGUGACCAUGCUCCAUUUUGACAUACCAGACGAGAUACAGAAGCUUGGUGGGGCCACAAACCCAAUAUUUGUGGAUUACUUUGCAAGCUAUGCCAAUCUUUUGUAUAAGUUGUUCGGAGAUCGUGUCAAAAACUGGGUAACUAUCAAUGAGCCCCGACUCUUUUGUGUCUACUCAUAUGGGAACGGCAUAUUAGUACCGAAUUUGAAUACUUCUGGUGUAGGAGACUAUUUAUGUGGGGAUCAUAUGCUAAAAGCCCAUGCGAAGGCUUAUAAGAUCUACCAGGAUCACUAUUUUCAACAAUUCAGAGGGCGUGUAGGUAUUGUACUAGAGGCUGUUGGUACGUACUGUAGGAAAGGUGGUAGCCUCUCUCUAAAUGACCGGGCCAUGGAAUAUUACCUUGGCUGGAUGGCCCAUCCGCUACUAAGCAACAAAGGUGAUUAUCCAGAGGUCAUGCGAAAGGAAAUCGAUGAGAACAGCAAACUGGAAGGCCGGGCAUGGUCACGGCUUCCAAAACUUGACCAGCACUGGAUCGAUUUAAUGAAAGGAACCUGCGACUUCCUAGGGCUCAACUAUUAUUCAUCUCAGUACGGUGUGCCCUUAAACAGAACGGAUCAGUUCAAACCACCUUCCUUUGAACAAGAUGUCGGACUUCAAUUGUUUGCUGACCCUUCCUGGCCAGCUGCCAAUUCUUGGUUAACUUCGUUUCCGAAAGGAUUGAGAGAUAUAUUGAAUUGGAUUAAAUCUCAAUACGGGGACAUCGACAUCAUUAUAACUGAGAAUGGAUGGGCUGACGGAGGUCAGUUGAAGGAUACGGAAAGAAUUGAAUACCUUACGAAACAUUUGCAGGAGGUGUUGAAUGCUAUCCAUAUUGACAAGUGCAAUGUAAAAGGAUACACAUAUUGGAGUUUACUGGAUAGCUUUGAAUGGGUCAGCGGUUUUUCGGAGAGAUUUGGACUAUAUUCUGUUGACAUCGGUAGCCCAACAAAGGAGCGAACACCAAAAGAGUCAGCAAUUGUAUAUAAAAAUAUAAUUAGAAAUAGAAAAAUUUAGAAGAUUGACAAAAUACAGCAGAACUUAGGAAAUGGA